CAGCGUUGCAAAGUUGAUUCCUUUUUGUCCCGCGAAAGCAAUUGCGAAAUUUCCAAAAUUCCUCUUUCAAAUCUGUACCUUUUGCUGGUAUCUGGAUCCAAAUCUAGCAGUAACGGUUGUUUCCUUUGAAAAUUCCUCAAAAUUUUAAUUGAUUUUCUUCCGCAUUCUCCCCUUUAUUUUCUGAAAAUUUCUUGGCUUGUUUUAGUUUUAAGAAAAUCCGAUCCUUUAUUGUGUUUUGAAGUGGUUCGGCUUUUCAAAUUCAAUGUUUUCACUUUAAAAAUAGUUUUCUUGUGUUUAUAACAUAAACCCUAACCUCUCAAAUUUAGUUUCAUGGUUUUCGUUAAACGGGUACUGUGAUUUUAAGGAUUAAAGUUUGUGGAUUUCGUCAAUGGGUGCUUUAGCAAGCAAUCGUAAACGCGGUGGAGAUGAGUAUUUCAAUUCCAAUUUCAACCACAAAAAGAAACCCCCAUAUUCAGAUUCCCUGGGUUACCAGUUUUUCAAAAAACCCAGAUUGUCUGUGAUAAAUCGAAGCCUGGAAAGAGAAAAUUUUCCUUCCAACAGCACUGUCUUGAGAAUCUCUCGUUACCCAGAACCUAAGAUACCUUUCGCUAGAGCAGUCCACGCCCCUUUCAGACAUCUAAAAUUUGGGUUAUCCGCUUCAAAACACAAACAGGAUUUGCCUAAAAGCGAGUUGGGGUAUUUCUUGAGUAGUAGAUUCAGUAAUGUGAAAAGUCAAGCUUGGUGGGAUACUUCGAGCCAUUUCAAGAAGGAAAAAGAAGUGAUUUUUGUGGAAGAUGAUGAGAAGAAAGAAACAGGGGCGGUUCCAGAUGAUCUUAUUGUUGAAGAAGUGGAGAUUAUUGAGAAAGGGAAGAAUAAUGUGGAAGAAGUGAGGCAUUUUCAGCCAUCGUCUUCAUCUGCUGUUCCUGAGUUGAAUAAUGGGAAUUUAAGAGUGGCUAGUUCGUUGGAUAUGUCUUCAUUAAGGGAGAUUUCCAAUGUGCAAGAUUUAGAAGCUUAUAAGAAGUUGCUGGAGAUUGCAGAGAGGAGAAACUCCAAGUUAAAAGCAUUGGAUAUUCAAAUUGAGUUGAAUGAGAAGCGUAAAGCUGGACUUCAGGCAUUGCGACCCAUAAAGAAACCAGAGGAGGAGCUAGUGGAGGUGUUACCUCCCGAGCCUUUUAUUCCUCUUUCUGAGGAGGAGACGACUUCGGUGUCGAAUGCCCUUUCUGCUAAAAACUGGAGAAAGAUAUUAGUCUCUCACCAAAACUCAAGCAUUGAUAUUAGAGGAGAAGUUUUGCAAUGUCUGAAACCGGGCGCAUGGUUGAAUGAUGAGGUCAUUAAUCUAUAUCUUGAAUUACUUAAAGAUCGCGAAAACAGGGAGCCAGAGAAGUUUCUAAAAUGCCACUUCUUCAACACCUUCUUCUAUAAAAAGUUAGUGAAUCCGGAGAGUGGAUAUAACUAUAAAGCUGUCAAAAGGUGGACUUCGCAAAGGAAGUUAGGGUACUGCUUAUUGGACUGUGACAAAAUAUUUGUCCCCAUACACAAAGACAUACACUGGUGCUUGGCAGUUAUCAAUAAGAAAGUUCAGAAAUUGCAGUAUCUUGAUUCACUAAAAGGAAAAGAUCCUAACGUGCUGAGAGCACUGGCAAAAUACUUUGUUGAAGAAGUGAAGGACAAAAGUGGAAAGAACAUUGAUAUAAGUUCUUGGGAACUAGAAUAUGUUGAAGACCUUCCUGCACAGGAGAAUGGGUUUGAUUGUGGCAUGUUUAUGUUAAAAUAUAUCGACUUCUAUAGCAGAGGUUUAAGUCUUUGUUUUGAUCAGGAACACAUGCCAUAUUUUCGUUUGAGGACUGCCAAAGAAAUUCUGAACUUGAGAGCUGAUUGAUCGAAAGUGUGAACAUACACUGUACAAGGGUAUGCCUGCUUUUCUAAACUACUUUGGAAAGCAUUUACUAGGAACUUCAAAGGUGUACAAAAAGUUUGCUUCGGAUCCGAUUUUUCUAUAUAAUUACUAAGACAACGUAUGGAUGUUCUCGUACAAAAGACGAAAGCAGAAAAAUAUAGAUUAAAGACAUGAGAUUGUAGGGCUGCAGAACUUUCCCCAAAAAAGGGCUAUUGUGACUGGAUGUUAUAGGUA